AUGAAGCCAGGCCCACUUGAUAUGGGCUAUGCCCGGCCCCUGGAGUUCACUCUAUCGGUGGUUGUCAAGACUAAGCCGAGCCCGCUUGAUUUCCAGUUCGCCGCCGACACUCUUGUCUCGCAAUGGCCUGUGUUGAACCUGCGUAUGAAUGCAUCGAAAACAAAAUUCCUCGAUCCAAAAGACCCAGGAGAUCUAGCGGAUGUGUGGAAAGGAAAAGAAAUUCCACAAAAUCUUGGGGAUAUCCUAUAUCUCUCCGCUAAAACGGAAUUCUCUCAAUUGAUUGAUUCUGAAGUCCUGGAUAAAGCCUUGGACUUCGGUUACGGCUUCGGGAAUGUGUGGAAGCAGCGCGUCUUCACCGUCCGAACCUUGUUCUUGAAGGAUUCUUGUAUAAUUGGUUUCAGAUUUCUUCAUCCACUUUGCGAUGCAAAUGGUGCCCAUGAGAUUAUACAAGCGUAUUGCGCCCUUCUGAGGGGAGAGCGGAUCACCCACGUGCUCCAUGCUCGACCAUCACUGUCACUGAAAUCAGAAGUGCUCGAAAAGUGCGCAGAAAUGAUCGAGUCGCAUCAAGUUGCAGACUUGCACCGCCAAUCCAUGCAUCGGAACUGGUCAGCUGGAAUUGGCGCUCUUGGAAAGCAGAUCACUCGCAAUAUAUGCUGCCCGUCCGCGAGGCGCGUGAGCAAAUCAUUACUGGUUCCUCAAGGACAGAUGCUUCAGUGGAUGAAAGAGGCAGAAAGCCAAGAUGCGAAAGUGACCGAGCAUGACCUUCUGAUGGCCUUUAUUUACAAGUCAUCACUUCACCCACCAACACCACAUAGCUUUGGUGUGGCAAUCGAUAUUUCCAACAAGCUUCAGUCUGAGGCCAAUCUCUACAAUCCUUGGUAUAUGAUGCCUCUUCCAGACCCAAUGCCUUCAAGAGAAUAUAGCUCUCCCUCCAUGAUACGCAUGGCAAUGGACAUCCGCCACACAAUCGAGGAAGGCCAGCAGCCAGAGUGUAUUGGGGAAGUAGUAGAGCAACACAGGGAUGCCCGGAAAAGCCCCAUGAUUCCGAAAUCCUACGGCAGCCGAGCUGCUCAACCGCGAAUUGCUUCAUGGAAGAGUCUGCCUCUAUUUGAUAUCAACAUUCAAGGCGAAAACCCGCUCUUUGUACAAGGCAGUGUGGACUACUGUGGUCUUCUUCGGGAGACUAGGACACACCUUGACGAUUUAUUGGUGACAUGGAAGGCCCGAGAUGUAGACGGGUAUGAGGGUGGCUAUUGGAUUCACGGUCGAUUGCCUGAGUCUCUGUGGAGACAUAUGGCUGAUGCCCUGAGCUGCUGA